AUGUGGGCAUCGAAAUAUGCUUCCAUGCAGGCAACCUCCCCACCUGCUUCAGUACCUAUCAUUGCUCCCAGAGAGCCGAUGGCUACGAGAAUCAGUGCUACGCCAAAUUCUGCUACCAAGGUGGGAGCACAUUCUGUAUCACUCAACCCAUUCUCACUGCAGGCUGUUCCUGCAAAAGUCACAAACUCACAAGAACUGUCAGCGAGCCACAAAAAGGAUGCUGAAACCGGAGCGACCAUUACCACUGCGUCAAAUGCCGCAAUGAAGCAAUUCGGAUUCGAGCAAGCCGUCAAAAUUACACUGAAAGGCCAGAAAUCCGAGCGAGCGAUCGACAAGAGUCUGUACAUUCGAGCCUGUCCAGACCUUGAGGCACAUGUCAAAGUAUGCGAGGACUAUACCUUUUCAUCUACACUAGCUGACUUUACACAGAUUGGCGACGAGUCUCAAAGCUUCGUGGUCGAGAAGCCGGGACUACUUGACAAAGGUCUAGGCGCUAUGGCUGAUAGCAUUGAAAGAAAGCCUGGUUGUUAUGUCCAGGCCCAGUACGACGACUACAAUAAAUACACACCACAGAAGAUGCGAAGAGCAGCACGCCGAAAUUUCAUGAAGUUAUACGAGUCUAUCCUUGCUGGAGGUGAUCUCCCAGAAACACUAUCUGCGAUGGUUGAGAACAUUUCGCAGGUCAUGACCCCUUCCGACCAACUUCGACAAGAGAUACUAUUGGUUUCCCGCAGGUACGAUGCCAUCGUGCAGAAGCUCCCCGUCUUGGCCAACAUCCUUGCAGCUGAUAAGUCGCUGGAUGCACCCAAACCAGUCCUCGAGGUCAGCCUCCUUGACAUGGCUAUCUCCGAGUCGAGGUCUUCACAUGAAGGUAUCACACCACUUUCACACGCGACCGAAGCUAUCCAGCCUGCUCCCAGAGUAGUCAAAGAUGUCAAUAUACCUACUGAUCAGCGCCCUGACCAAGCGACAGAGAUCACCAAGUCUAGCUUGGCAAACGACGAAAAGUUUAGAGAGGUCCUCGAGGAGAGCCGAAGAGAAUGUACGAAGCUGAAAAUCGCCAAAGGAGCUAUCGAGGAAGAAAACAUGAAACUGAAAACUGUCGUCGAAAAUGGUCGUGCAAUCAACGCCGAGCUGAAGAAGGAAUUGGACACGGCUAAAGCCUACGUCACUGAGCUCGAGAAGGAGAACAAGGUGCAGAGAGCCACCAUUUCACAGCAGAUCGUUUUGCGGCACGACAAGCAGAAGUAUGAAUUUGGAGCAAGCAAAGCCAGUGCCACUCGUGAAGAGAAGGAAGGUGAAUUGAAGCAAGCCAAAGUCAAGAUCGGGGAUCUUGAAAAGGACUACGAGCUCGCCCGUGACGAAAUCAAGCACCAUCUCGAAGAGAAGAAGAUCAUCAAGAAAGAGUUGGAAGCAUUGAAGACACAAUCAUCACUCCCUGCCAAGACCAUGCCUCUGUCACCCAAGGCCGAAAGUGGCAACGUCCAAUUGCUCAAAUCCCAACUGAGUGGCAUCAACGAUUCGGCUCAUCAACGAAAAGCCAUCUUGCUACAGCAACAGCUGGAAGAUCUCAAAACCAAGUAUGAGAAAGGGGUCGAGAUUGCGACAGAAGAAGCAGAUAACCUCAAGAAUGCGGUGUAUGACCUCAAGGUCGACCUCAAAGCUUCAGAGACUGCUCAGAAGGAUAGUGAGGACAAGUAUUUGGCCCAGGUUGACGCACUUCAAAGAGCUGAAGAUGCUCAGAAGACUCAAGCGGAGAGGAUCUCCUAUCUUGAGAAGAGAGUUGAAAGCGAACAGGACGCUCGCAAGACACAAAGCCAGAGAGCCACACAGCUCGAGAAGCGCCUGCAAAGAAACGACGAAUUGUUGCAAGCCCACGACGAUCUUCGCAAGGCUACUGAGUUAUCCGCAGACAAAGCCCGCGACACGGUAGAUAUGCUCAGAGGUGCCGCCCAAGCUGCAAAGGUCGAGCUGGACGCGCAGAAGCAAGAAUGCCAAAAGCUCAGACAGAAGGUUGAUGCUGCUCAGAAGAAGGUAUCUAAGGUCUAUCGUGACUAG